CCAAGGGGCCGCGCGGAGCCGGACGAGCAGUCCUGCUCUAGGGCUUCCGGGGAGCGGCGUGCCGGGAGCCGGGAGCCAGGAGCGGGGAGCUGGGAGGGGAGCGGGCCGCCGAGUAGGCGGCGAGUCACCCUUCGCCCUGCCCCUCGCCCUGCCCCACUGUCACCUCCCCUGGGCGGUGCAGAACCCUGAACCGGCCGGGGCCAUGCUGAAGGUGGGACUGCUACUGGGUGCCUGCGCACGGUCGUGGAAGUCGGUCCGGAUGGCAAGCUCCGGGGUGGCGCGCCGGAACCCGCUGGCGAAUAAGGUGGCCCUAGUAACGGCCUCCACUGACGGGAUCGGUUUUGCCAUCGCCCGGCGUCUGGCCCAGGACGGGGCCCAUGUGGUGGUCAGCAGCCGGAAGCAGCAGAAUGUGGACCGGGCAGUGGCAACGCUGCAAGGGGAGGGGCUGAGCGUGACGGGCACCGUGUGCCAUGUAGGGAAGGCUGAGGACCGGGAGCGGCUGGUGGCCACGGCUGUGAAGCUUCAUGGCGGCGUGGACAUCCUGAUCUCCAAUGCUGCCGUCAACCCUUUCAUUGGAAGCUUGAUGGAUGUCACCGAGGAGGUGUGGGACAAGAUGCUGGACAUUAACGUGAAGGCCACAGCCCUGCUGACAAAGGCAGUGGUGCCAGAAAUGGCGAAACGAGGAGGCGGCUCAAUAGUGAUCGUGUCCUCCAUCGCAGCCUACAGCCCAUUUCCUAGCCUGGGUCCUUACAACGUUUCUAAAACAGCUUUGCUAGGCCUCACUAAGAACCUGGCCAUUGAACUGGCACAGUGGAAUAUUCGGGUGAACUGCCUGGUGCCUGGACUCAUCAAGACUAGCUUCAGCCGUGUGUUGUGGGAGGAUCAGGCAAGACUGGAGAGCAUAAAAGCAGCCAUGCAGAUCAAAAGGAUAGGCAAGCCAGAGGACUGUGCCGGCACUGUGUCUUUCCUAUGCUCUGAGGACGCCAACUACAUCACUGGGGAGACAGUGGUGGUGGCUGGAGGGGCCCCAUCUCACCUCUAAGGACGUGGAGAGCAUCCACCAGGGCAGAGAUUAGGCUCCAACUCCAGAGUCCUGUUCCCGAAUCCAUCAACUGGCCUUUCCCACCUCUGCCUAGCAUACUGCUAACCUUACACCGUAACACCCCCCUGCCACACACACACACAUACACACACACAAAUCAAUUCUGCCCCGUAAAAAGCUCCAGCAUUCUCUGCUAUCAAGGUGUAGCCUUAGGAGGAUUCCUGCUGUUACUGUAGCCUUGGACAAAGACGUCCCUUGCGAGAACAGGGCAGGCCUGCAGAGAGGGCUUAGCCUACUGUGGGAAAGACCAACUAGUAUUUUUUUCUGGGCAUCAGGAAAAUUUGAGGGAGAUGGGACAGAAGGAACUUGGAGUGGAAGGAACUGAGUUGGAAAUUAACAACUCGCAAAUGAGGUGCAAAUAAAACGCAGAUGAUCACGA